ACUUAAUUAGAAGAGAAAAAGAUGAGUGAAGUAGUUGAAGACGGUUCUGCCAUUCCUCCUCCAAGGCAUGGGAUAGAUUCUGAGGCACAGGCCCCUCCUAUGCAGAUGCAGUACAAUUCACCUUCUUUGUCAAGAAACCCUCUGUUGCUAUCAGCAGAACAUGAUGAAAGUGCAGCAAACAGAACCCAAAAAUUAUCCCAAGCUCCCAACUUCCUCACCCCCUUGGGCACUCCAAUUAGGAAGGCUAUCCAACUCACCAAGCUUGAUCCUCAUGAUGCAUGGCUUCCCAUCACCGAGUCAAGAAAUGGUAAUGCCUACUAUGCUGCCUUUCACACUCUUUGCUCCGGAAUUGGAAUUCAAGCCCUUGUUCUUCCAGUGGCCUUCACCAUUCUUGGGUGGACAUGGGGAAUAAUAAGCUUGACAGUGGCUUUCAUAUGGCAGCUUUACACGCUCUGGGUAUUGGUCAAGCUACAUGAAUCCGAGGAAACUGGGAUGCGGUAUAGCAGAUAUCUCCAACUCUUCAGUGCUACUUUUGGUGAGAAAAUGGGCAAGCUCUUCGCCCUGUUUCCAAUCAUGUAUUUAUCAGGAGGCACAUGCGUUGCCCUCAUCAUCGUCGGUGGUUCAACUAUGAGGCUUUUCUUUCAAAUUGUUUGUGGGCAUUGCUCUGCGAAGCCGUUGACGACAGUGGAGUGGUAUUUAGUGUUUACGUGUGCAGCAGUCGUCCUUUCCCAGCUACCCAACUUGAAUUCCAUAGCUGGUGUCUCUCUGGUCGGUGCUGUCACUGCCAUUGGCUACUGUACGAUGAUGUGGAUGAUUUCUGUCACUGAGGGAAGGCUAGAUGGGGUGUCUUACGACCCAAUUAAAGAAGAAGACAACAUCGCUAUGAUUUUCAGCGUUCUAAAUGCCCUGGGGAUCAUCGCUUUUGCUUUUAGAGGCCACAAUCUUACGCUUGAAAUACAGGCGACCAUGCCAUCCACUGAAAAGAAACCAUCUAAGAUACCAAUGUGGAGAGGGGUUAAAGUUGCAUAUUCGAUCAUUGCAAUGUGCCUGUUUCCCCUCGCAAUUGGAGGAUAUUGGGCUUACGGUCACAAGAUACCUGCAAAUGGUGGAAUGUUAGCGGCAAUUUAUCAGUACCACGGACGACACACUUCACAAGCUAUCCUUGCAUUAACAAGUUUAUUUGUCAUAAUCAAUGCUAUAAGCUCAUUCCAAAUCUAUGGGAUGCCGAUGUUCGAUGACAUGGAAUCGAAGUACACCAAAAGGAAGAAUAAGCCAUGUCCAUGGUGGCUCCGGUCAGUGUUCAGAGCUAUGUUCGGAUACGGUUGCUUUUUCGUGGCAGUGGCAAUCCCUUUCUUGGGCAGUCUAGCAGGUUUGAUAGGAGGAAUUGCAGUGCCAGUGACCUUUGCUUAUCCAUGUUUUAUGUGGCUAAAAAUUAAGAAGCCUAAGAAGUAUAGCCUAAUGUGGUGGCUGAAUUGGGGACUGGGGCUCUCAGGCACUGUUCUUAGCGUUGUACUAAUAGCAGCAGGGGUUUAUGUUGUGAUUGACACAGGUAUUGAAGUGAGCUUUUUCAAGCCUCACUAAAACUGAUCAUUACUUAGGAAGUUAUAGGCCUACUUCAUUUCAGAUUUCACUCUGUCAAUUUGGAUGAACUUCUUAUUUUAACAAAUAAUAUCGAUGCAGAUUAAUAUAUGUAAAUAUUCAUGUUUGUCAUUAGGUUUUCAAAAUAUGUUUUCACUUUCAGUGAGUUAAUUUAUGGCUAUUUUGUAUUAUUCAUAUAUCCCAACUAUUCGAAUCUUGAAAAUAUAAUCAGUAGUUGAAUUGUAACAGAUAUUUUAGUUUACUCUUAUUAUGUACCUAAACCUUUGAAAUAAAAAAAACAAAUGAA